GACCCCAGGACUUAUAUGAGUGACCUUGCUGGUCUCUGUACACAGAGGCCCGUGUACUCGUGAACCCUCGACCACGUUGGAACCUUGUUCACCUCUCCCUGCCUCUGGAGCACAGACAGAUCGAGUCACACCCGAGACCGAGACCGCCGAACGAGCAUUUUGAACACGACCAUGACGGAUCCUCACCUUCAUCUUGUCCGAUCUGAAGAUGAUGGGCAUGGGCCAUACCUCUCUCCCAGAGGAGGCCGAGCGUUGGCCGUCAGUGUUAUUUUCACCACGCUAGCAACAUGUUCUGUUGCCGCUCGUAUCUACACGCGGACCAAGUUGAUGCAUCGCAUGGAGCCGAAUGAUUGGAUGAUCUUGCUUUCCUUGGCCUUGUCGUUUGUAUUUAUGGGGCUAUUCAUCGUGGAAGCCAUGAAUGGAAUGGGGAUGCAUGAGUCACACAUUCCACCGUCAGUUCUUUUGAAUCAGAUGAAGGCGUUCUGGCUUACCAUUCCCUUCUACAAUGCCGCCUUGCUGAUUGCAAAAGCGUCGAUUCUGAUGCAGUAUUUCCGUGUGUUCCCAACCCGGCGCAUGCGUCGCAUCUCCUGGGUCAUGAUCGCCAUUCUUGCUACCUACGGAUCCUGGGCAGUUCUCAGUGCCUUCCUCAACUGUAUCCCCGUGGCUAAAUUCUGGAACCCGAGUCUGUCGGGAUACUGUCUGAGUAUGGAAGGGCUGUGGUUCUCGAACGCGUCCAUGCACAUCGCGACCGAUAUCGUGAUUCUACUCAUUCCUAUCCCGGCCUUGUCGGGGCUUGAAUUGCCACGCAAACAGAAAUUGGCCUUGAUGUCGAUUUUCGCUCUUGGGGGAUUUGUCUGCGUAACCAGUGUCUGCCGUCUUGUUGCCCUGAAGAAGAUUGCCGACUCGACAGACCCUACCUACGACAACGUCGGUGCUGCGGCCUGGUCUGCAAUUGAAUGCAACACGGGGAUCAUUUGUGCCUGUCUCCCCACCCUGCGGCCUCUCAUUUCGCGACUGCUCCCACAUCUGCUGUCGACUCUCAGUGGAGGAGGCCGUGUUUAUGGCUACGGACCUGCCCCAUCUUCACAAGGGCAGCCUCCCACCUUUUGGAAUGGCACGGGCACGGUGACGACUACGAUCACCACGCAUACGCAUAUGGACGAUCUCGAGUUCGCGCAUUGCUCUGGCGACGCGGACAGGUAUCUGACCCUGGUCCCGGGACAUGAGCUUGGUGGUAAGGGGAAGAUUAUGGUGCGCGAAACCCACAACAGCUCGGCGGGAUUCCGUGAUUCUCUGAUGCGGACGGAGGGAUCGCCCUCGUCAUCAUCGUGAUAUCACCGGAUGAGUCUUCUCCGGUAUUCUGGGAUUUAGUCCCUUGUCCGUUCAUUCGUUCAGCGUUCGUUUCCUUUCUGUCUAUACCUAUCCAUCUCUCGAUGUAUCUACCAGUUCUUGCUUUGUCUAGACAAUCUAUAUAUAGUCUCCUUGCAGCCCGUGCCCUUCUUCAAAAAAGCCG